AUCGCAAUCGCAGUACCUAUAAAUAAUCUAAUUUUAAUUAUAUGGAUUAUGGGACUUAAUGAUUAUAACUAAAUUAGUAUUAUGUUAAUUACUAGAGUGAUAAUAAACAUGUGAAUUCGUAACAAUAUAAUAAUAACAUGGAUACCCGGCAAACAUUAGGGUAUUCAACCAAAGCGGCUCUCGUUCAACUCCGAGAUGGAAUCCGUAGUGUUAUCGAGGAGCACAAACAGAAUAAUCAGACCGGAUAUGGAUUUAUCAAAAAUAUUAUAUCUUUUUCUUCGGAGAAGGUGUUGUUGUCCGGCGUAGCAUACACAAUCACAUUACUAUAUAUAAUUUGCCUUAUUUUGACAUUUUUUCUUGGAGACUAUGUGAAAGCAGAUGGCUAUUUACUAUUGGAGGCUCUGUUCCUUUUUGUGAUACUGAUAAUUAACUUUUUGGUAGCACUUAAUGAAGAAUAUUUAUAUAGAAAUGAAAUACCUCAUAGAGUUAAGAAAGUUCUAGAAACACUGGAUGAUGCCAUAGAUAGGUCAAUCUGGAAGGAAGGGCACUACCCCCACUUGUGUGCCCCAUUCUCUCCGUGCGUCAUACUGCAGUGGACUUACAGAGAUGGUAUGGUGGUGAAUCUCCCAUGGUCGCUGCUGGUGGAGGGCGAUGUUGUGAUGCUAAGGCCCGGGCAGGAGGUGCCGGGGCACUGCCGCGGGCUGGACCCUGAUGACCCGGAGCUGUUCUUUGGACAGACCUUUCAGCCUAGCUCACAGUACAAGGAGAACUUCAGCACGCCACGCGUACGUGAGCCGCACCAGAACCGCUCGUACCGAAUGUGCGAGACGCCCUUUCUGAAGAACCUUCGCCUGGCUUUGGAGCAGGCCACGUGUCGGCCACGCACCGUCUUUGAAAAACAGAGGUACCUGUGCACAGUAAAAAUCAUGGAAGGCAUAGCACUGCCCCUUGUGAUCCUCCUGGUUGUGGUGGCGUCAUUCGUGCGUCACGUGUACCAACUGCCCGGCGUCACGCACUGGACAGAGGUGUACUUUUUGCAAACGGUGGCGGCGUCGCUGCCGCUCUUGCAGAUCAUAUUCCCCGUCGUGUGGGUCGCUCUCAACUGCUACGGGAUGGCACGGUUUAAACUGCUCUCUGAGACCCGUCAAAAGUACGUCCGUACGAAAUCCUGCUCGAUAUCAGAGGAUGCCAGUGACCCCCUCAUUAAAGCGCUCAGCGAAUCCAACUUAAAGCCAGAGAGUCUUAAGUCUCUGUGGAAGACGUUCUAUAAUAUCCUGACGGGGAAAGAGGACAUGGUUGUUCGGACAGCGAAUAUUGUGCAUGUGUUGGGGUCUUUGUCGGCCCUAUGCUGCGUGGACAAGAAAGGCAUUCUAUCCUGGCCUAAUCCCACAGCGGAAAAGGUGUUCUUCCUGCGCAACUCAAACUCCGCGUCCGCCGCGUCCAGCAAGACCAGCCUGGCGGGCUCCAUGCGACAGAGCCAGACCAACCUCGAGCAGGAGCCGAAACCGAACGAACCGUCCACCAUCGUAGAGGUUCUAGACCUGACCCACGACCAGAACGCGCCGUUCAGCGUGGAGUUCGACGACCAGCGCUGGCGGCAGCACCUGGCGCGGCUGAAGCCGCUGGGGCUCGCCGCCUUGCUCAACACGUGCGCGCCCGCUCCCAGGCACACUUACGCGCACUUCUGUUCGCAUCUCACGUGCGAGGCGCAGUACAGCGAGGAUCUAGUACCGGUAACUAACCGCCGUUGUCUCUGCGAAUUGGCGAAGCAAAUAGGAUUCACUGAGUCUGUGGAGGAAUCCUACACCAUCCAAGAGUGUCUACCAAUCUUCAGGCAUUUACAAGCGGACACUAUACGUCGUGAGACGCGUUUCGUGCGCUCCCUGCACCUGAGCACGCGCGUCAAGGUGCCCCUUCCACACAUGCUCGCAGUCGUCGUCAAGGAUCAGGCCAAUCAGCUGCAGAUGCUUACACAAGGCACAGCAGACAUUAUACUAGACUCGUGCGUGGAUUACUGGAAUGGGCGGGACUUGACGCCAAUCUCGCCGUCUGACCGCAAGAAGAUCAUUGAUUUCUACCAGCGCAAUUCGCUCACGGCCUACUGUACUGCUUUUGCAUAUAAACCGUUGACCCGCGGCAUCUCGCCAUCCUUGUCACGCAUGUACCUGGAACUACCGGCAGACAGUCGGCAGUUGUAUGCGCCCCAUUCCCAACAGUGGGCAGAUGCUCCCGCCUUACACUUUCACUCCACCGAUUCGUUAUUAUUCAACGAGGUGACAGAUGACGACGUGAUUGAUGCUGAUGGAUAUUUCGACAUGCAAUGCAACCAGGUAUUCAUAGGCAUGGUAACCAUGCAAUACCAGGCCCAAUCCGACAUGGUGGAGCUAAUCGAGCGGCUCGAACGGGCCUGCAUCCGCUUCGUACACUUCAGUAAAGAGAACGAACUACGUUCCAGAGUAUUUAGCGAGAAGAUGGGCCUGGAAUCCGGGUGGAAUUGCCACAUAUCGCUGAUCAGCGGGGAGACGCCGAGCCGAACCGCGUCUCCGCUGUCGUCGCAGACCCUCGCUCGUCCGAGGCCCCUCCAAAGGGCCGUCGACACUUGUGACGCGGUCAGGCUCGGCUUUUAUAAUAGCACUAAUAUGGCAGCUUCAAAGGCACUAUCCAUGUCGGCACCUGGAGCUAUAAACCUAGACCAUAGCACCGUCAAAUUCGACAGUGAGAUCAAAAAAGCCAGGCAUUCUAUCACCACUCACACUGGGCUCAAGUUCCAACGCAGCAGUAUAGCGACAUCGCAUCCGUCAGCAGACUCGCUUCUCGACUCGGACUCGCCGGCGGACGCGUGCCGCUCGCUGUCCUGCCUCACUGACUCGACCGACCACUCGGCGCCCGUCAACUUCGACAUGAGCAACCGUGCAAAACUCCCUCGCGGCAUCGACGCCAUCCGCCCCCACAUAGAGCAAGUUGACAACGUACCGCUUCUCGUGUCGUUGUUCACGGACUGCUCAGCGCGCUCCGUACAAAUGAUGAUACAGAUCAUGCAGGAUUACGGCGAAGUUGUUUGCGUUAUGGGUUCCGCGGCCAACUGUCUAAACAUGGAGAUUUUCAUGCAAGCGGAUGCCAGUAUCGCUGUGGAACCACUGUAUCCAGUGCUGUGUCAGAAGAUGCCGCCGUACCAAGUGCCUGAGAACUGCAUAGGACCUAUCGACCUGGCGCGGGCCCUAAACUCCGUGCCCUGCUCUUUGUCGAUGACGCGUGACGCGGACGUUUCCCUCUUCACGUUGAUAACGAUGUCGCGCCACUUCACCUCUUGCCUGUGGAACUCCACACAGUUCUGGAUGUGCGCCGUGUGCUUCAUUUCUGUCCUACAGGUCGGGUCCCUGUACGCGUUCCUGCCGCUAGUGCUGAGCGCGGGCGGCGCGGCGCUGAGCAGCGCGGCGGCGGCGCUGCUGGGGACGGCGCUGGCGUUCGCGCCCGUCGACGCCGCGGUCAUGCAGCGCGCCGCCACCAGGCCGCAGCUCGCGGCGCACAAGCGGAUGAUCCUGUUCGUAUUCUGGUGCUACGCGUGCAAAUUCCUCCCCUCCGUCAUCUCCAUACUAGUGCUCUAUGGAUUCACACUGAGAUCCUUCUGCGAGCAAAUAUCCGAAGCAACCAAUGCGACUGCAUGCUGGAUCGUGUAUCCAAUCAACGUGGGAAACUAUUCUGAAGCCCACGACUUGACCAGGAAGAGCUGGCACGGCUGGGGCGACGACUUCUACGACGGGUUCUAUCUAGCGCAGCACAUCACACUAGCAUUGCUCACCUUGCAUUUAAUUGUCAUAUCGUUGUCUUUCAUACACCGACAAUCUUCCAUUUGGCAGCGUUGCUUUUGGAGCAACAAGGUGUGGUCCGUCGCCGUGCUCGUUCUAAUACUUCUCCAAGCUGCCAUAAGCCUGUUCAUGCUGCGACACAACUACGGUUCCUGUGAGAACUGGGAGCUAUGCUCGCUGCGCUACCACGUUCCUUGGCGGUUGGCGCUCGGCUACGGCGGCUCGAUUCUCGCUGUGUUCGCGCUCAACGAGUUCAUUAAGUGGCAGGAAAUCAAGGCCGACGUGCGAAAUCAAAGACGAGCCCGAUUGGACUUCGGGACGAAACUGGGCAUGAACUCGCCUUUCUAGUCAAUUUUACUAACAUUUUUGAACGUUUUUCGUGCUUUGGCUUGGGACCACUAAAGCCAACCAGCGUUCGGUUGGCUAAACCCCGAGCCCUGACGAGGCCUAAGCGGCUGAAACUACCGUUUUAAGUUAAGGAAAAGUGACAUAGUACUUAUUUAAUUAUUUAUAUUGCGCUCUAUUUUGUACUUACUGUUUUACAGUACGCUGUUUUUGAUAAACAUACAAAUUAUUACAUUAAAUAUUUCCAAAAUAAA